GUCUCUAUGGUCGAGUGGGCGGAGCCAGGAGCAAGAUGGCCGCGCUCGCAGCUGCCACGGAGCCGCAAGCUUCCGGGGGUCCCCGGCCCCCAGUGUGUCUGCUGGUGUUGGGAAUGGCGGGGUCUGGGAAAACCACCUUUGUACAGAGGCUCACAGGAUAUCUGCAUAGUCAAGGGUGUCCACCUUAUGUGAUCAACCUGGAUCCAGCUGUGCAUGAAGUUCCCUUUCCUGCCAAUAUUGAUAUUCGUGACACUGUGAAGUAUAAAGAAGUCAUGAAACAGUAUGGACUUGGACCCAAUGGUGGCAUAGUGACCUCACUCAAUCUCUUUGCUACCAGAUUUGAUCAGGUGAUGAAAUUUAUUGAGAAGGCCCAGAACAUGUCUAAGUAUGUCUUGAUUGACACACCUGGACAGAUUGAGGUAUUCACCUGGUCAGCUUCUGGGACAAUCAUCACUGAGGCCCUGGCAUCCUCGUUUCCAACGAUUGUCAUUUAUGUAAUGGACACAUCUCGAAGUAUCAACCCAGUGACCUUCAUGUCCAAUAUGCUCUAUGCCUGCAGCAUCUUGUACAAAACCAAGCUGCCUUUUAUUGUGGUCAUGAAUAAAACUGACAUCAUUGAUCACAGCUUUGCAGUGGAAUGGAUGCAGGAUUUUGAGGCUUUCCAAGAUGCCUUGAAUCAAGAGACUACAUACGUCAGUAACCUGACUCGUUCAAUGAGCCUCGUGUUAGAUGAGUUUUACAGCUCCCUCAGGGUGGUGGGAGUGUCUGCUGUUCUGGGUACAGGCUUAGAUGAACUCUUCGUGCAAGUUGCCAGUGCCACAGAAGAAUAUGAAAGAGAGUAUCGUCCUGAAUAUGAACGUCUGAAGAAAUCGCUGGCCAGUGCACAGAGCCAGCAGCAGAAAGAACAACUGGAACGACUUCGGAAAGAUAUGGGCUCUAUAGCCUUGGACACCGGGACUGCCACAGGCAGCUUACCUCCUGUGAUGGACCCUUCUGACUUGAUCCUGACUCGGGGAACCUUGGAUGAAGAGGAUGAGGAAGCAGACAGUGAUACUGAAGAUAUUGACCACAGAGUUACAGAGGAAAGCCGUGAAGAGCCAGCAUUCCAGAAUUUUAUGCAAGAAUCAAUGGCACAGUACUGGAAGAGAAACAACAAAUAGUUUCUAAAGUCCAAAAUUUUGGAACUCUGUGUGAAGGGACUAUCCUUAUCUCUGAUUGGGGGCUACUAUAAAGGACAAUUUUGUUCAGGAUAGCAGUUUCUCUUACUAGUGAAAUCUCCUGACUCAGAUGAAGCCAGGGAUAGAAUACAUCUGGACCUGGCAGGUAGAUGCUGAUUCCCCUUGGCAUUUUCCUUGGAUUUAUGCAAGGAAGGAUAUUCUGGUUUUGGAUGCUCAUAUCCCUUCAAGCCUAAAACUGCAAGUUUUAUCAUUUGAACGCACAUACUUUUGCUGCUGAUGGACAGAACAGAGAGAGAACUUAGUGGGCUGGAUCUGUAGCCUCUACUUCUCCAGCAUCUUGCCUUUGAACCUGCACCACGAGUUCCCCUCCUUUUAGCAGAAAGAGAGGGGGAAACAGGAGCUUGUCCAGAGCUUGGCACUGGAGUCUCCUUGGCAAUCAAUCAAUCUUGGUAUGAAAUGUGCCUCAGACUGGGUAGCUUAUUGUAGAACACCAGGUUCAUUGAAGAAAGUGGGCAAAACAUUGUUAACGAAUAAGAAUUCUACUUUAGAUGGUGACUUGGAUAAAGAGUUUUUAAUUUUAA